AUGAUUUUGGAGAACUUGGAUCCCUCCACAGAAUACACUAUCAGAUUAUCAAGCAACAAUAUGUAUGGAAGGUCAGAGGGUGUAUUAGUAACACAGAGGACACUGCCUGGCAAGUAUUAAUAUAUCUCAUGUAGGGUCCUCCUUUAAACAAGUUACACUCUUGUGAAUUAGUGGCUUUUUUCGCGCUCUUCUCGUAAAUACAAGAGUAGAGCCUUUUAUUACAAACUUAAAAAAAAAACUUUAAAAAAAAAGUGAAACAAAAAACUGAAACAUGUUUGCGUAAGUCCCCCUUGCAAAAUUUCAUCUGACGGCAGUCUCUUUCUCCCAUAAAAAAAGUCAUUCGCUAGUGGUUGUUUCUGUUUACUGAAGCAUCGCAAACAUUCUUGACCGAAUUAUGUCUGAGAUAUAUCUUAGAUUUCGCUGAGGUUGAACUGAUGAUACAUGUAGAUGGUUCAACUUCCGAGAAUCCAAAAAACUAGUUCGGUGCUUUAAACUUCUACUCGGAAUUGACCACCGUGAAUUUUGUCAAAACUUCAACAUGGUCAUUUAUUCUCAUUAGGCUCCUCGUUAUCAACACAAAACUUCCGAUAAAAUGUUAACAGUUAGCUCCAUAUUGCGUUAAAUUAUUCUGAGAGCACUCUGUUCAUUUCUUUUGGUUCAUUUUUCCAUUUUUCCAGACAGAUUUAUUAGGAAAUUGAUGCUGCAAAUAGUAUUGCCACUGAGCUUAGCAUCUUUAUUUGUUGUGGUCGUUUGCAUCAAGUAUGGACCUAUUAGAAAUUCAAAGCGUGGCAAAGUGUAUUCUGAGGUAAUAAGCCUAAAUUUGUACUUUUAUUUUUUAAUCAGUGAAGUUCAUGAAAAUAUGUGGUUAAUUUUAUAUGAUUCUUUUUUUCCCUCCAGAAUCAGACACCGCUCUCCACUCUUUGCCACUGGGUUGAGAUUCCCAGAACAAAUGUUACACUACAAGAGAAGUUGGGGGAAGGUGCCUUCGGAGAAGUGUACAAAGGAGUGGUGCGCAUGGGCGGACAAGUCAGGGCAUGCGCAAUAAAGACUGUUAAAGGUAAAAAGUAUUAGUGUUCUUACUGAUUAUUCUAAAAAUUGAUCGGUUAAUUUUCUGACUAACUGGUUGAGUUACUUAUUGGCUGACUCCCCGCCGACUUACUGAUACGUUUAUGGAUUGAUUAAUUAACGUGUUUGAAGACAUGUUUAUUUACGGGAUUUGCACCCUUUUGGAACUAAUGAAACAACGAACAUUCUAUUGCAGAGAAUGCCAGAGAAAGGGAAAGGAAAGACUUAAUAAACGAGCUUCAAAUCAUGGUCACAGUUGGUGAUCAUCCCAAUGUCGUAAGCCUUAUUGGAGCUUGCACAAAGUCUGGUAAUUAUUGAAUACGAUAUGUAACUGUCAUGAUUUUAUAAUCCUUAACAUGAACAGUCCCCUCGUCCUUUCGCCUGUCUACCCAUCAGUAUGUUUUAAGUAACUCACUUCCCUUAAAGUUUUGCCUCUCUAACGAGCUACCUUUGAUGGAAUACCUAGGGUCAAUUUUAGUGAUUGUUCGUCUGGCUCCAAAUGGCUGCUUGUUGAACCAACUGAAGAACAGAGAAAAUCCAUACGAAGAUGAUACGGAAAGACAAGUCGGUUUCACACGCGUCGACAAAGUGAGGAUUGCAAGAGACGUGGCCUGUGGAAUGUCUCACCUCGCCAGCAAAAAGGUGGUUAAAAAAUGAAACAAAGAAUACCUUCACUUUCAAUCGACAGGCCUACCUACUUAUCAUUAAUAUCAUUACAUUAUCAUUCUGAAUUUAUCUCGCAGUGUGUUCAUCGAGACCUCGCGGCAAGAAACGUGCUUCUUGGCGACAGGAAUGUCGCCAUGGUUUCUGAUUUCGGCAUGUCACGUGAUGUGUACGAGAGUGGUGAAUACGAAACUCUUUGCCGGGUAUGGCUAUUCCCUUUAUUUGUUAGAAUGACUGGGAGGGAGGGGUUAUGCAACUUCAAAGAACUCACACUUUAUUGAUUUGAGAUGUUUCCCUUCCCUCCUCCACACAAACUUAUCAUUGUUUUCGGUCAGUGUCGUCAAAAUCUACAACUAUGCAACUAUAAGUGUUUGUGGUGUAGUAGUAUCAAUUGAAGCGCCAGUUAAGUUUUCCUAACGUGUACUGUGAUCAUUCUAAACAUGCCAGUUCUUCUGUCCAACAGGGAAUGUUACCAGUUCGUUGGAUGGCUCUUGAGUCUCUGGAGGAUUUCGUGUACAAUACAAAGACAGACGUGUACGUUAUAAAUAAAAGAAAUUGCGUGAACGCUAGUGCAUUUCGUCAUCAAUUUGCGCAAGUUAUAUUUUUAAAUUUAUUGCAUUGCGUGAACCGAAGGCAAGUUAAAUCUGAAAAGCUUUCAAACCAUCAUGAAAGACCCUUACUCUCGAAAUGCGCGCGUAGUUGAUUCAAUUUCUUGUUUAUCAUAAUUGUUUUCAGUAGCAUCACCUUCAUAUGCUACCUUGUUGAUCGCUGGUGAUCGUUACUCAUUUUAUUGGGAUCUUCCUGAGUGAUCUGAAAAUUCCAAUACAUUCUCUGCCAAUUGGUCGUUUUACAUAAUAAUUUGGGCGGAUAUACCGAGCUCAAAGUUCUCGUAGCAAUUAGCGAUCAGCAUGUCUAAUUUAGAGAGAGUGGAACACGGAUAUCCUGUACUGCAUUCUAUGGCCUGUUUUUACAUUCCUAAUUGACCAUUACAACCGAGUUCCUCUUUUGAAUAUGUGAUAAGCUUUAGAAAACUGCAGGGAACUGUGGUAACCUAAUUCCACGCUUCCUGGAAAAAAAAAGUCAAAACUAAAAAAAAAAACCGCUGGAAACGUAUCUAAUUGUUUCCAUUGCCUUGAGAAACUGUAAUGACCAAGUUGAAGAUUAAUUUUCGGAGUUCUCAUCUCUUUUCAUUUUGAAAUUUCUACUGAGAAAUCAAAUGAAGAUGAUGAAAAAUUUCUUGUUUUUUUUUUUGCUGACAGGUGGUCGUUUGGAGUUUUAUUGUGGGAGAUCGAAUCUAGAGGUAUAGUUGUAACUUGAACUGAACAACUACUGGGUUAUCUUUGUUAUUAGUGCUUUCUGAACGUUAUGUAGAGUAUCCUAAUGUUUGAGAUUGAAACAAAUAUAGUCCGCCUUUUUUUUAAGGUAAAAUGCCGUAUACCGGUCUUAUAGCCAGGGAAAUUGUCGAAUUCUUGAGGAAAGGAAAAAAAUUAUCAAAGCCGGAAGGAUGCCCGAAUGAAAUGUAAGAGGUCGUUGAUGGAAUGAAAGUAAGUUCUGUCAUAAUGGUUCAGCUCCAAGAGCUGGCUGACUAGACUUUUUAUUUUCCUUACCCAGUUAUGAUUUGAUGAGGUCUUGCUGGAAUCUGGAUCCGGCUGAACGUCCUUCAUUUGCACAUCUUUUGACGCGUCUUGAGGAAGAACUUACUAAAAACAAAGAGGUAAACAUUUUGCAUCCAUGAUCGGUAGAGCAAAAAACCGUUAACAUUUUAUAUCCAUUUGGGGCCAAACGAAUAAUCACUAAUUCUGACCCAAAAAUUUACGAGAAUCGUUAAAUAUUUAAGUCGUGAAGCAAAAAUUGCCGUUGAAUGUCAAAUUGUCUGUGCUGCAUAAUUGGGAAGGACGAGACCGAAGAGAAAACUACACGUAGGACAUUAAUAAACAGUUGGUAUUCUAACAAGGAUCAAUAUUAAAAGAAAGUUACCAAUCUUGGUGCAAGCUCCAAGAUUGGUUUACUAACUGUGACCAAGAUUGCAAGCUCCCGUCUCUCUGUUUCACAUUUGCCAAAAUAAAAAAUUAUACAAUUUACUGAUAAUAAAAGCAUUCAUGACCAGUAGAGCUUAGUAUCGUUUAUUUAGUAAAAGGAAAUAAAUAAGGAACAUUCUCUUUUCCUUUAUUUGAUACAUAAGCUGACAACCGGCUUGUUUUAUUUUUUUACUUAUAGGAUGUCCAGGAGGAUAUUUGAACCGUAGUUCAAGGGUAGUCUACAUUUCACGCAGACUAUUUACAACUACUAGGCUUAUCCCUUUGAGGAUACACUGAAGGAAUAAUUUUAAAACUAAUUAGUCCGCGUUUUCAUAAACAUUGUCAUGAAACAUUAUAUUUGUGAAUACUGUGUUUGGUAUUUCGCGCAAAAUUAUUUACAUAGUUUCGUGAAAGUAUAUGCCUCCAUUGCGUAAACGUUAUAUGAAAAGGUCGCCAAAAGAUAUUGUAACGAGCAGAGGGAGAGAUCAGAGCCACGAUUGUUUGAAGAAGUGACGUUUGAACUGUAAUUAACCGGGAACUGAAGGACUGAUAGAUACAAAUUGUAAGUAUUAUCGUUUUGCGCCCUCGCGUUCGCAAACGUAUGCUACUGUAACUUUUUUUCCUAUAAUUUUUAUAAUUUCAGUUGACUGUGUACAUAUAGAUAUAUGUUCGAUCAGAUCGGAUAG